UACUCCUAUCAUGGGGUGCAGCCUGAAUAACAGCUCGGCAGUUAAUAAUAUAUCAACUGAUAUUAAAAAAGAAGCAGCUUCAUGGGAAGGGGAAAACCAAUCAGAUUGCAGAAUUAAUCCCCCUACAAUACAGAUACAGGGAAAAGACACACCUACUCCUAUCAUGGGGUGCAGCCUGGGUAGCCGCCCCUUAAAAAUGCAGUGUAAAAAAUAUAAUGAAAAUGCCUCUAUGCCUCCACAUGAAUAUCACAUAGCAAAAAGUACAUUACGUAAGAAACACAGCCGCAAUGAGUGUCGUAAACAUUCCAGUCAAAAGAGAGACUUUGACAAACAUCAAAGAACACACAAAAGUGAGAAAACUUUUUCCUGCUCUGAAUGUGGUAAAUGUUUUUCAAGACGAUCAAACCUUGAUCGUCAUCACAGAACCCACACAGGGGAGAAACCAUUCAUCUGUUCUGAUUGUGCGAGAUGUUUUGCCAGUUCAGCAGAACUUACUGUCCAUCGACGGCGAAACCACACAGGGGAGAAACCUUUUUCCUGUUCUGAGUGUGGGAAAUGUUUUGCCAGUUCAUCUGAACUUACUGUGCAUCGACGAACCCACACAGGGGAGAAACCUUAUUCUUGUUCUGAAUGUCAGAAAUGUUUUGUCUCUUCAUCGGACUUUACUGUCCAUCGGAGAACCCACACAGGGGAGAAACCAUUUGCCUGUUCUGAAUGUGGAAAAUGUUUUACUACAUCAUCUGAACUUACUUCCCAUCGACGACGAACCCACACAGGGGAGAAACCUUUCUAUUGUUCCAAGUGCGGGAAAUCUUUUGCCUCUUCGUCAGAACGUACUGUCCAUCAGAGAACUCACACAGGGGAGAAACCAUUUUUAUGUUCUGAUUGUGGGAAAUGUUUUACUAGAUCAUCGGCGCUUAAUUCCCAUCGACUGCAAAUCCACACUGAAUGUGGGAAAUGUUUAUAAUAUUGAUAAAUCAGCCCCUUAGUGGCCAUACAUAAAAAAAAAACACACACACAAGGGAGAAACCAUUUUCCUGUUUUGAAUGUGGACAAAGUUUUAAAAGUCAGGCAUCAGCCAAAUAAUAUAUCAAUUAUAUCUAAAUAUGUAUUUAAAAAGUUAAAGAGGAGAGGAGCAAGUUUGUGCUUCAUAAAAUAGGACAGAACGUAGACAGAUACUUUGCAACUGAAGACUCCGGGGCCUGAUGGAUGCUAAGACAGGUGCCCCAUAAUGCUCUUCCCACGGCAUUGGCUCCCCAUUGGGAACUGAGGGACCUCAUUUCAUGCUUAGUUCCCAGACACUGGAAUAUAUCUUCCCCUCCUCCCAACAGAUAAUAUUCUGGGUUUUAUUGAACAAGAAGGGACAUAUUCCAAGGGGUACGAGCCCCCCAGGGUAUCACUUGGGCAGAUGCUGUUCCCUAGUGCUCACACAGUAGGUAACAUAAUGGGGAUAUACCCAGCUGGGAAUGACUUGCCGGGUACAAAUGCUCUUACUGUAGCUUAGAAGAGGGCAAUAAAUGUAUUCCAAUAUGUACAAGGUAAAUACAAAAGUUGUAAAACCAUUUUCUUCAUUAUUAACGUUAUGCCAGUGACAAGAGGACGUCUAUUGAGAUGACAGGAAGUGACUUCACAUUAAAAAACAUUCUGUGAAA